GUUAGGCAUUUCAUUGUUUUAGCUGAAAUUCUUGUUUUAUUAGUAAUAAAAAUUAAUUUUUACUCAAUUAGUCCAAUACUUCUUACGCUCGGUAAGAUUUUUAUUUGUUCUAUGCUACACGAGAAGUUUUAACGAGACCAAAAGUUCGCCUACGUGUAUAGUAAUUUCUAAUACAUUAUUACUAGAAGUAGUAAAAGCAAGUAGCUAUGAAUAAAAAACCAGCCAGAACUGGGCCAAGGAUUCGGAUAACCCGUCCAGCGCUGCGACGAAAGGAGGAUUUGCCUUACGAAGAUCGGAAUUUCAUUUACACCUGCCAAUAUUGCUGUGUGAAAUUCACUCAGAAUAGUCACUUUUUUCGACAUAUGACGUCCAAUCAUCAAAGCCAACAAAAGCAGGCUACCUUCGAGUGUAACGACUGCCAGAUAAUUUUCAACAAGAAAAGCAGCCUGGACCUUCAUUGUCAAACUCAUCAUCAGAUGAAAAGCAAGUCAAAAUGCGAAACAUGUUCUAUUACGUUCAAGUCUCGGUACUGCUUGCGUCGUCAUUUGAAACUAAAACAGAUUAUGGCCGAGAACUCUUGUAUUAAAUGUCAGAAGAAAUUCACAAGUAAGGAAGGCUUGAAUAAACAUUACAAUAAUAAACAUACAUAUAAAAACAUAACAUUUGAAUGUGAUUUCUGUUCACUGAAAUUCAAAGCCAGACAGUCAUUGGUCAGUCAUUUGAACCGAAUCCACAAAAGAUUAUGACUUGUACAGGAUUUCUAAUGUAAAUAUCCACCCAUAAUUGUAAUAGAAAAUAUGCAACAUUUUAAUUCACUUAACAAGGUAAAAAAUUUAAUUUUAUAUUAUUUAGCAGACAAAAAUUUAUUCAGUACAGUAGGGCUUUUUAUUUCUAUCUAUUUAUAUGUCUGUCUGUCUAAUCCUGACAAACAGGCAUAUAAAUAGAUUAUUGACAAAUAAAAACAACUAUUGCCAGUUGCAAAGUGUGGCAACUACUGCUACACCCAAGUAGGCAGUCCCUCUCUCGAAAAUGCCGGGUUGCAUAAUAAUACAUUCUAAAAAUAUUACUACAAGAAAUAAGAAACACACUAAGAUCACAUGUCAUCAGUAAAUAUUUUAAAUUUUAUUAAUUUCAAUGUAAACUUUGAAAGAUGCCAUUGAGUGUCAAGGUGCCACACUCACAAGCAUCUAAUAGUUGCUAUAAUAAAUAAGCUGUUGUUCUUAGGUAGUGUUGUAUCUAGUUGGAGUGCAGCAGAGAUCAAUAUUAAUUCAAUGAUUAUAAAUACUAUAUAACAAGACAGAAAUAUGUAUAUAUAUAAUAAUUUUCUAAUGAGUAAGGAAUUUGCACUAAUAAGUCUGAAUAAAAGAGGCUCUACUGUAAUUGAAUAAAAAUAAUAAAAUUGGUGUGAUGAAGUAAGAAAGGAACCAUUUCUAUUUGCAUCAUUGAAAGUAUAUAUAUAUAUAUAUAUUAUAUAAAAAAAUGUGUUUACGGUUUAUUAUAUUUGAUUUUCAAUAAAAGGGUAGAAAUUGAUUUUGGACUGCCAUGGUUUUUACCAAUGGGAGCCCCCCAUUGCACAGGAUGCCAGCUAGGUUAUGGGUACCACAUGGUGAAGCAGUAAUGUGUAAACAUUAUUGUGUUUCACUCUCAAGGGCGCCAUAGCUAGUGAAAAUACUUUGCAAACAAGACUUAACAUCAUAUGUUGUAGUAGACAAGCACAAUUAUUGUAGUGCAGAUCAGAAUAUUUGUGUUGUAUAUUUUCAUAAAAAAAUUACACAUUAUUUUAGACAGGGUCCCAGUUACCAGGGGUCCACCACAUGGAAGUUAAGUGUCUACACAUAUUUCAGGGGUCCAUAUUCUAAUAAUACCAUUAUUACUAACGGCCAUUCCCAAUAUUCAGACUAUCUCUGGUUGUGGCCUACUUGAGAAAUAAAAAAUUUAACUAUCAUUGACUUUUCUGUAUCAAAACUUAUCGACUAAUCUUAUCCGUACACACGGUCUGACAAUGGCACAACAUAUAGCUUACCAGGGAUAGAAGUUUGUAUGGAAAUUGCAACAACUAUUGAACUAGCAAUAAGAAUGACUUAUCGGAUAUAUUGGGACAGCUUCAGAUUAUUGACAGCUAAUUACUGACAGUAGAAGGUACUAAUUUAUCUCUAUCUGUAGAUAGUAUAUUGAGAACGGCCGUUAGACUCCACUGCACUGGCAACUAGAUGUAUCUCACAUACUAUAACAGACACUUAAAAUUUUGAAAGUGUUUCUUACUAUGUUGUUUAUAUGACAACAUACAUAAGACAAACUAAUAUAGUUAUUUCCUAAAUUGCUUCCAAGUAAAUUAAAAAAUAUGUUGCUGCUGCUACAAACAAUACAAUUCUUGCAUCUCUUGUUUGAAGCUUGCACAUAGUUUGUCUCAUAUAUGACUGGCUUUGACAUCCUUAUUAUAAUAGCCUUUUAUUCAAACAAAAAUUAAACCUAAUACACGACACCUAUCUAAAUAGUCAAUUGUCUGUGUUCCUCUGGGCAAAGGCCUCCCCUAUUCUUCUCCACUCUUCUGUAUUUGCAGUUAGUCUAGUCCAGGUUCUUUCAGCUAUUUUCACAAUUUCAUCUGCCCAUCUUCUAAUUUACCUACCUCUAUUUCUCUUGCUAACUUUUGAGUACCAUGUAGUGAUAAUUUUGCUCCGUUUAUCAGGUUGCUAAUGCAAUAGAGUCUAAAAUAGAAAUGGGCUAGACACCCGAUGAGAGGACCUGAUAUAUUUUUCAUCCUUCCUCUUUUAUUAUUAGUAAUCCUACUAAAUUAUAUAUGUAUUGUAGAUCAAAUAGGCCUUCUGCUUGUUUCAUUUUACUAAGAGUCCCUCAAAGGUGAGUGCUGUUGCCUUGCCAUGAAUUUGAGGGUUGGGAGGGAGGGGGAGGUGUGCCCUUUGCCCUCUACAGCACUGUCAGGGUAAGGAAACUCUAAAAAUCAGAUUUUUUAUAUCAUAACCUCAAAAUGUUCAAAAAUUAUUAUAUUACAUUUAAAUGACACAAUUUAAUUAGUUGUAUUAAUUACUUAAAUUCUGUAUAUUACCUUGAGCCUUAUCUAGAUUCUGUUAACUGAAAUAUUACUGUAAAUACUAGUUGGUGCCCCGCCUGCGGCCGGGCUCAUGUAUUUAUGUUCGUACCUAAUCUAACCUACCUUUUGUUUGUGGAAAACGAUUUCGUUUCCAGAUAAGUUUUAGCUUGUUAUUAUUAUUUUGUAUGAACAAAAUCUAAAGUCUUAAAAUAUUUAUCAUUGCAAUCACUAACUGUCAAAGUCAAACUUCAUAAAGUGGUUAAAAUCAAUGAAAUAUUAAAACUUUAAAAAUUCAUAUCUCAUAAAGUGAAAGUUUCCUCGCAAAAUGAAUACCACCAUUGUAUUCAUGAUUUUUUUUCUGAUGUAGUAGUAACCUUGUUUUGUUAAAUAUCACGCCGAUGGAUUCUAAAUCGUAUCCCAUCUGUGAGACACUGGUUCGAUUACCGCCAUACACCAACAAAUGUUUUCCCUCUUCCUACUAUAUAUACAUGUGCAAAGAUAUUGAAAAGGUAUGUGUAAAAUUUACCCUUUGGCACUGGACUUAAAAGGGCUUGAAUCCAAGGUGUUUUCACACCAAAUAGAUUUGUCAAGUUGAUCAAAAUAGCCUGCAUAUACCUUUUUUUAUUUAUUUAUUUACCACAUAUAACAACUAUCUAAUGCAACAAUGCAACAGUUACUAACAAACACAGCAAACAAACAAAUCAAUCUUAAACUAAUUAUACACUCAAACAUUGCAUUACAAAUAAUAUAUCACACCAGAAAAUACAAAAAUCUUGAACAUACAACUAUUUACCACAACAUACUACAUGUAACAAUACUUACUUUGGUAUCUCCAAUAGUCUGCUUUCAAAACUUCUUUAAUAUGAUCAGAAUCCCUUUGGAUUGUAUGGCCUAUAUAUUUGCAACUUAAGGUAGUCUGCCAAGAAUAUAUCAAAGGCUUCUAAAACAGAUCUGAGUUGGUGCAUAAAUAACUCUACUAGCUUUCACAAUUUAUAUUUAUUUUAGAUUAAGAUUAUAGUAAAACCCAUUAAGAAUUUCUAUUAAGGUUUGGUAAAUUAUUUUUCGUCCACUAAAUAUAUAUAUGUCACCAUGUAAUUGUAUCUAACGAUAGAUAUUAUAACUAGGUAUAUGAAUUAAAUAAGAAUAAUAAUAAUUAAUGUUAUGUAACUUUAGUAAGUAGUGAAUUUGUAACUGUUAAAGUAUCAUUAAAGAAUAUAUUCAUAAUAUGGCCAAUCUUUUAUGAUUGUCACCUAUGGUUACGACAUACAGGUCUGGUCAAAUCUAAAAAAGAGCCCGCAGUUGGUCUUCUUGGUCGACUUCAUGGCAUACAGUUGGUAUCUAUUCACCUGCUGUAAGUCUCCAAAAAUUCUGAGAAUUCUUCAUCAUCAGCAAAGGCUUAUCUUCUUUCACCUUGCUUUUUCAUCCGUACACAAUAAGUGGCCUGAACGGGCUGUUGUACAUGCAUAUAUUUAUUCAUUUAGAAGGAAGCCCAUGUUAUAUUUAGAUACCUGUGUAGAAGCCUUAUGGUAUGCUAAAGAAGUGUAACUUCUUAAAAUUGUCACACAUUUUAUGAACUCUUAGGGUCCUUGCACACCUCGUUUUUUCAGUGCGUUUUUGACGCACGUUUCAUAUAGCUGGAACGCACUGCGGGUUAUGGCGAUUGCAAUCUUAUCGCAAUCAAUUUACAUAUUCACACGUUUAUAAAGUUGAAUGCGGGUGUUGUCUAUUUAUAUCCUGUCGAUGUGCUGUUACAUUGAGGCAGACGCGACGUUGGAGUUUAUUUUGUGUAGUUAAAUUACACAUGUACAGCGAGAAUUAUUAGACGCCAGCUAACAGUAUUAACAUCAAUCGAGGCAACACAUCUUACGUUGCUCCAAAUACUUUUGCUUAUAAAGAAAUGUAAAAAUACUUAUUUGAUGCAUCCAUUAUCAUGUGAAAGGCCUUGUUGACUUAGCAAGGUCAUUCGAUUGAUGAUACGGUCACGUUUUACUUUGCAAUGAGAGUUGCUCACGUCGGUAGGGAGUGAUUCGUGCGUUGGUCUCGCAGGUAAUCUGCCAUUUUUCAGUUAAGCAGCGUUUGGAUCGUGACUUCAAGAAAACGUGGUGUGCAAGGGCUCUUAGUUAUUUAAUUGAUAGGUGUAUAAAUAUGAAUGUAAUGAGAUCUUUCAUUUUGGAAAGUUUUUUUGUUUGAAUAUGUACUACCUAUAUUUUUAUAUUAAAUCUUAUUUGUUACUUAUGUACUUUUUUAUACACUCAUAACUGAAUGUAACUAACACAUAUAUAUAGAUGGAUGUAUACCACCAAACUAAUGGUUAGUUUAUAUUUUGUUAAAAAAAAUAACAUUGUUAUUGAGUGAAUGUAACAUCUUAUUUUUUAAGAUUUUAUUUAAUUACUUUGUUUAUUUAUAUUGGUAUUAGAAAUGUAAUUUGUAAAUAUUAUUAUUUAGGUAUAUCUUAAUUGUUCGCCGAAAUUGGAUACUUAUUAUUUACUUCAUUAUUAUAAAAUACUGUUGGGAGCUAUACCAGUGGGAGGCUCCUUUUCACAGGAUGGUGGCUAGAUUAUGGCUACCACAACGGCGCCUAUUUUUGCCGUGAAGCAGUAAUGUGUAAGCAUUACUGUGUUUGAUCUUCAGGGCGCCGUAGCUAGUGAAAUUACUUGGGAAAUGAGACUAAACAGUUUAUAUCUCAUGGUGACGAGCGCAAUUGUAGUGCCACUCAGAAUUAUUGGGGUUUUCUUCUAAUCUUGAAUGACACUGCAUUCUAUUAGGCAGCGUGUAUCAAUUACCAUCAGCUGAACAUCCUGCUCGUCUCGUCCCUAAUUGUCAUAAAAAAAUUUUUUUUUGUCCAUAAUAUAAAUUACUCGCAGUUGCGGAAGGUCUAGGUCGCUUAUUUAGAGAGUUUUAAGUUUAUUGCAAAAUACGGUUUGCUAAUCAUUUUUUAGCUUAACUACCGACCGCCGCUGAUGACCUUGUGCUUAAACAACUACUGCGUCCCCCCUACCACAAACAUAGGGAUGAUGAAGCGACAGUCGCUAUCUCGAGUCGUUCAUAAUACCUAUCAAGUUUCGGCGAACAAACUUCGGAUUUUGAUUAUCUUUAUUUCUAUAUGAACAAUCAGUUUCAAUAUUCUACUUAAGUGUAAAUCUUUGUUUAUUCCCUUUUAAAAAGUUUUGAUGUGUACUCAAUUUUUAUAAAUGAGCUUAUAAUAAGUAAACCUUAUGCGUUAGAAUAGUUUUUUUUUAACUUAUUUUAAUGGUACAUGACAGAUAUUGUAAUUGUAGUGAUUUAUGUUUUAGUUUUGUAUUAAAUUUGAUUUAUUUUCGAUGUA